GUCCGUCCGGGCAGCAGAUGCACCAAAACAUUCUGACGCGCCAUCAGAAACGACUGAGUGCCAGUUUGAACCCCGCGCCACCCUUCCAGCACAAUGCCAAGCAAGGACCACCGUCCAUUUCGCUGGCUGAGGUGCCCCACCGGCGGAUGUGGACGAACUUUAGUAUCGUCGGGGAUACCACUACUCCCGACGGAAACCGAAUGAACUUGACAGGUUUUCGGGGACAAGCGCCGAUCAACGACCAAGGCACUAUUGAACGCGAUGCAGACGAAUCCACUGAGCAGCGCCACCAGCCAGAUCCCAAUUAAUGUUGCUAUGGCGAAGUUGUAGUUGGGGCUCUGGGUUGCCACUAGCAGCGCGUACACCGCAGCAGACAGACCUGCUUUGACCACCCAGUGGUUGUGCCGAUGGCUAACGACGAGGCCGCCCAAUUCCAUGCCCAAAUGAAUGGCCCACGUCAUCCCCAAUGUAAUGAUGAGCUCGUCAAAGUACGGUCGCCGAAACGACGUCGUGGACACGACAAACCCGGGGUCUUGAGGCAUGCGGAAGGCAAACUGCAGCGCCAAUGAACUGGACGCCAGCGUGGCCGUUUCGUGGAUCGAGAUGACCCCGCCCAUGCUCUGGAAAUGCGUGGACAGGAGCAGGCCGAGCUCCCACUUGGCCAGGUCGAAACGCGUGAGAUGCCACAUCCGGUACAGCUUAGCUACAUAUCGAAGGGCGAUGAAUACCCCCAACGCAUUGAGCAUCACGCCGAUGGCCCAUGCACUGAAGAGCACCACGCGGAGGUUGGCAGACGAGUACGACGCCCGGACUUCGCCGCUGCUGAGGGUUUCCGACCAGCACCGAACGGAUCGAGUCAGGUAUCGAGUUUCGAGGGUGUCGUAGCACACAAGGGAGUGGUGCAGCACGUCCACGUUGUCCUGAAACGGGUUCUCUUUGGUGCUGAGGCGCAUUAAGCCUACACCCAGCGGAGUGUGCGUCCACUGGAUGGGCGGGCCUUGGAAUGGAAACAAAGCGUCAGAGGUGCGA